AUGUCUCGGCUGUGGGUGUACGUGGUGAUCGCCGCGCUGGCCGUGGCGGUCACUCGCGCCUACCUCGUGCUCGUCCCCGACACCGCCCGACCUGGCCACGUUGUCAUCGAUGCCGCUGUCUACCGCCUUGGCUCAGAAAGAACGUACACUAUAGACGUUCACCGUACAGCCAACUUUGUCCAUCACAUUCUCCAAGUCAACAGGACAAGUGGCCUGGUCACCUUAAGAAAGAGGCUAAGAUGCGAUGGCGUUAUGUACCCAAAUCUCUUCACGUUCUACGUAGACUCAACAUCGGAACGGAUCCGUGACAUUGAGUAUUAUAGCCUCCCUGUAAGAAUUCUGGUCACUGGCGAAGACUGUUCCAGACGGCAUGCAGACCUCUACGAUAUAGAUUUUGAUAGAGUCUACGAUCAGAAUGAUGCCGCUCUUCAGUAUGAAGAUGAACCAGGAAGAGAAAAAAGAGAAGUAAUAUAUCCAGAGAGUAUAGACUGGAGGUUGUUAGAAGCUGAGGAAGUAGUCUCUAGUCAAUAUAGUGUUCUUUCAACUGCUUAUCCUUGGUCUAACGCCAUGUUCGAGGAUUUUGUAGCGAGAAAUAGAAGUAGGAGAAAACGAUCUCAUUCUUUAGUACCAUUUGAUAUGGCUGUAGAUGUAAAAAUAGCUGAAGCUAAGCAAUGGGUAACGGAGACCUAUGCAAGUUUUGCUAUACCAACCACGGAUCGAUGGCAAGGAAUAUGUCUGAAGAGGUCUCAGUUUGUAAAUUCUUUGACGGCCUUUUUACCGCGAACUGUUCAGAAAAUGUGUAAAGUGCAAUUUUUGGAUGUCAGCGAUCCUAGGUUCAUGAUUGAGAACAGCCAGGGCGAUUUAGUGACAACCAACGAUGUGUGUAUUCAGGAGCCGAUGUGGAAGGUGUCUAUUCUGUUCACGUUCAAUUGUGAGAAAACAAAUAUUAUCGACUCCGACCACAGACUGAAAAUAGUAUAUCACCAUCAAGAGUUAAACGAUACUGAUAUAGUCAAGAGAGUGAAACGGGAACUUCGAAACCAAUCGCCAUAUUUUGAGCAAGCAUUAUACGUGGCUUCUGUUGCUGAGGAACAACCGCCAGGGGUUGUCGUCACUUCAGUAAAAGCACGGGACCCAGAAAAUAGUCCGGUGUCGUAUUCCAUGUCGAGUUUAUUGGACUCUCGGUCCGCUGGUAUGUUCGCCGUGGACUCGAGGACUGGCGUCGUCACUACUCAAGCUAGACUCGACAGAGAGAGACUGGAUGUGCAUUAUUUUAGGGUGGUCGCGCAAGAUGACACUUUCCCUCCAAGAAGUGGAACAACCACUUUGCAGAUCAAUGUGCUAGACUGUAAUGAUCACUCGCCGGUAUUCGAAAUGCAACAAUACGAGGCAUCUGUUCGAGAAGGCGCCAGCGCAGGCACUACCGUGCUCACACUUAAAGCAACUGAUCAAGACAUUGGCAAGAAUGCAGAGGUGGAAUAUUCAAUUGAGUCUGUAUCAGCCGAGACUCUAAAUUUGGAAGACACCAAUGAGUCUAUAGAUACCAGCAACGAGCAGCCAGAUACUCAAGACGUGUUCAGAGUAGACGGCAGAAGUGGAGCAUUAUUGACUAGAUCCACACUGGACAGGGAGAAAGUAGCAAGAUAUACAGUGAUCGUGAAGGCCACUGAUCAGGCUAGCCCUAUCUCGGAUAGACUAUCAAGCACGGCUACAGUACAUGUGAACAUACUGGAUGACAACGACAACUACCCGCAGUUUAGUGAAAAAACGUACACGGUGAACAUCGACGAAGACAUUAGUGUUGCAGACAAUCCUGUUAUUGCUCGGAUAAAAGCAACGGAUGCGGACGUGGGCGCGAAUGCUGCGAUACGAUACGCUAUCAUCGGUGGUAAUACACAGAUGCAGUUCGCCAUAGACAGUCUCAGUGGAGAUGUGUCCUUAGUCAAACCUCUCGACUACGAGCAAGUCCGGAAUUACAGACUCGUUAUAAGAGCUCAAGAUGGUGGAAGUCCAUCGAGAUCCAAUACAACCCAGCUACUGGUGAACGUGAAGGAUGUAAACGACAACUCGCCCAGGUUCUACACCUCGCUGUUCCAGGAGUCCGUCAGUGAAAACGUGCCGGUCGGAUUUAGUAUAGUUAGAGUACAAGCUUAUGACGCGGAUGAAGGAGUCAACGCUGAAUUAACAUACACCCUAUCAGACAAAGAGUAUGGUGGUAAUAGCGAUAUGCCCAUCACGAUAGACCCCAGAUCCGGUUGGGUGUAUACAUCUGGACCCCUCGAUAGGGAGGUGCAAGCUAAAUAUCAACUGCAGGUAACUGCAACAGAUGGUGGCACGCCUCCGCGUUCAGCGACGGCAGCGGUGUCGGUGGUGGUACAGGAUGUGAACGAUAAUGACCCCGUGUUCGCGCCUGCGCAAUACGACGUGGAGAUAGCGGAAGACGAACCACCAGGCACUCCGCUUGUCACUGUCACUGCUACUGAUGCUGAUGAGGAUAACAGGCUCCACUAUGAGAUAACGGGUGGUAACACGCGCGGCCGUUUCUCGAUAACAUCACAAAACGGUCGCGGUGUAGUGACCGUCGCACAGCCGCUCGACUACAAACAAGAACGGCGGUACGUGCUGACCGUCACCGCUACGGACAGCGGAGGCCGCUCCGACACUGCACUUGUACAUGUAAACGUCACCGACGCCAACAACUACGCUCCAGUGUUCGAAAACGCGCCUUAUACAGCUGCGGUAUUCGAAGACGCACCAAUUGGAACCACGGUGCUGGUUGUGUCAGCGACUGACAGUGACGUGGGCGUCAACGCUCAGAUCACGUACAGCCUCAGCUCGGAGAUCUCUAACGAGGCCGUUGCUCACCACGAUCAGGAGUUCGUCAUCAAUCCGCAGACCGGCGCCAUUACCACGAAUAAGCUACUCGACAGAGAGACUAUGAGCGGCUACUUGCUGACGGUGACGGCGCGUGAUGGAGGCAUGCCCGCCUUAUCUGAUACCACAGACGUCGAAAUAUCAGUGGUCGACGUUAAUGAUAAUGCACCCGUCUUCAAACAGCAGUUGUACACCGCAAGCAUAAUGGAGGACGCGUUAGUAGGCACAUCGGUGACGCAGGUGAGCGCGUCGGACGCUGACGUGGGUCUGAACGGGCGCGUGCAGUACCGGCUGGGAGCGCGCGAGCGCGAGGACGGCACGUUCGCGCUGGACCCCGCGUCCGGCGUGCUGCGCACCAACAAGCCGCUGGACCGCGAGUCCGUCGCCACGUACGACCUGCGUGCGCUCGCGCUCGACGCCGGCUCGCCGCCGCAGAGCUCCACGGUAAUCAUACAUAUAAAAGUGGAGGAUAUCAACGACUCGCCUCCAGUGUUCGAAAGCGACUGCCUCACAUUCUACGUGCCUGAGAAUAGCCCCAUCGGUACUACAGUCGGCGAGAUAUACGCACGAGACCCGGACGAGGGACCCAAUGCUGUUGUGCAUUAUUCUAUCAAAGGUGGCGAUGACUCCAGCAGUUUCUCAUUGGAAACGCGUCAAGGCUCAGAUAAAGCUGAACUAGUGACAAUGGUCGACUUGGAUUACGAGAGUCCACGUAAGAAAUAUGAACUAGUCAUCCGAGCAGCCAGCCCUCCGCUGUGGAAUGAUGUCCGUGUUGAGAUUUUAGUGACUGACGUAAAUGAUAACGCACCGAUGAUGAAGGACUUUCAAAUCAUUUUCAAUAAUUAUAAGGACUGUUUUCCCGUGGGGCCCUUCGGGAGAGUUCCAGCAUUUGAUGCUGACGUCACAGAUAAGCUCCAAUAUCGGAUAUUGUCCGGUAAUAAUGCGAACUUGGUGCUUCUAAAUGAGACGACGGGCUCCAUGACACUCUCGCCACAACUAAACACCAACGUGCCUAAGCUAGCUACUAUGGAAUUAUCUGUCACAGAUGGAGUAAACGAGGUUAAAGCGGUGAUGCAACUCACUGUUCGUCUAAUAACUAAGGAGAUGCUAUUUAACUCCAUCACCGUGAGACUCAACGACAUGACUGCAGAACAGUUUCUAUCGCCACUACUGGGUUUCUUUAUCGAUGGCUUAGCUGCUAUCAUACCCUGCCCGAAGGAGAAUAUCUAUGUUUUUAGUGUACAGGAUGACACGGAUGUGACCGGGAAUAUAUUGAAUGUGUCGUUUUCUGCGAGACGGCCCGAUGCAGAAGUUGGUGUUGCGGGUGAUGCGUCUCAAUACUAUUCACCGACGCACUUGCGAGAGCGGGUGUACCUUCAUCGGGCUACACUUGCCAGGCUCGCUACUGUACAGGUACUACCGUUCGACGACAACGUCUGCGUACACGAGCCAUGCCUCAACUACGAGGAGUGCCUCACCGUGCUGCAGUUCGGUAACGCUUCGGGUUUCAUAGCCAGCGACAGCGUGCUCUUCCGCCCUAUAUACCCCGUCACCACUUUCACAUGCCAGUGUCCCAAGGGAUUUACAGGAUCACAUGAGCACUAUAUGUGCGACACAGAGGUGGACCUGUGUUACUCGUCGCCGUGCCAGAACCGCGGCGAGUGCAUCCGUCGCGAGGGUGGCUACACUUGCGUCUGCGCACCCGGAUACACUGGCGUGAACUGCGAGACGGUGUUGAAGAAGGCGACGUGCGACCCGGCGGGGGGCACCUGCCGCGGCGGGUCGCAGUGCGUGGCGCGGCGCGAGGGCGGCAUCCUGUGCCAGGGCUGCGCCAUCGACCCCGCCUACACCACGGACGUCUGCGAGCUGCGCGCCAGGAGCUUCCCCGUCUCCUCCUUCUUGACGUUCCCCGGACUCAAGCGGCGGCAUCGCGUACAUUUGAAGCUCAAGUUCGCGACGCAGUCAUCGUCAGGGCUGCUGCUGUACAACGGGCGGUACAACGAGCGGCACGACUUCGUGGCACUCGAGCUGGUCAGCAGCGGAGCGGGGGCGGCGGGCGGCGCGGGGCUGCGGUUCUCGUUCUCGCUGGGCGGCGCCCGAGCUGAGGUCACGCUCGCAGCGCACCUCUCAGACGGCAUGUGGCAUACUGUACAAGUUGAUUACUACAACAGAACGGCAACAAUGAUUUUGGAUGAUUGCGAUAAAGCGUUAGCGCUUGCCGGCGCCGCUGAAUUGGGACCUAAAUAUGCAUGUGCGAACGUCACCAGAAAAGUUCUACCUCCUCGCUGUGAUAUACCUACAGAGACUUGUCACAGGUUUCUGGACUUGACGGGUCCGCUGCAGCUCGGCGGACUACCGAAUAUACCAAGCAGUUUCCAAGUGAAGAACAAAGAUUUUAUUGGCUGUAUAUCCGAUUUUUAUAUUGAUCAUAAAUUUGUCGACUUAAAUAGCUUCGUGUCGGACAACGGCACGGUGGGCGGGUGUCCGGCGCGCGUGGCGCGGUGCAGCUCGUCGCCGUGCCACCACGCCGCCGCCUGCACCGACCUGUGGGCCACCUACCGCUGCCACUGCCCCGACGGGCGCACCGGCAAGGACUGCGCCGAGUCGACGUCUCCCCCGUGGCGCUUCAGCGGCGACGGAUGGCUGUCGUUCAACCCGCUGCUGCGGCCCAUCCAGCUGCCGUGGCUCAACGCGCUCUCAGUACGCACGCGACAGCGAGACGCCUUCCUUAUGUCCGUACAAGUUGGACAGAAUAGCACCAUCCUGCUCACUCUGAAAUCCGGGCUGCUCCACUACUCGUACAACGGCGAAGCGAUGUUCCUACCGUCUACUGACCUAGCAGAUGGGGAAUGGCACCGUAUAGAGGUCACGUGGCUCGGUACAGACAUCUCAGUGAGCAUAGACUACGGCCUGAGAACAGUUCUAUUGCCGAUGUUGGCCAAUAAAGUUCAGGGACAGUAUGUUGGCAAGAUUUUGAUCGGGGCACCAGAUACCACAGCUGGCUUAUUGGCGUCCGAUUACGGAUAUUUUGAAGGAUGCAUACAGGAUGUACGCGUUGGAACACCUCAGUCGUUACUCAAUCGGCCCACAGUGAGGGAAAACGUAAAGGAUGGCUGCCAAUCGCGAGCUGACUGCAUGCUCUCCAUAUGUCCACCCUACAGCACGUGCGUGACGUCAUGGGACCGCACGUGGUGCGAGUGCGAGAGCGGGCGAGUGGGAGCCACGUGCGCGCACGCGUGCUCACUGCCCGUGUGCGGGCCCAACGCCACGUGUCGCGCAGACUCGUCGCCCAAGGGAUACUCCUGCGUCUGUGAUGAUGGAUACGUACUCACUGAGUCGGGGUGUGUGUCGGCCUCAUCUGAUGAGUGCCCAGGCGGGUGGUGGAGCGCAGCCGGAAGAGCAUGCGGCCCGUGCGAGUGUGACCCGGCUCUCGGGUACCAUCCGCACUGUCAUCGACGCACCGGCGCUUGCCACUGCAAGGAGAACCACUACCGGCCGGCGGGCUCAGCGGCGUGCGUGCCGUGCGCGUGCUACGCAGCGGGCGCUGCGGGCGGCGCGUGCGCGGCCAGCGGCGGCCAGUGCGCCUGCCGCGCCGGCGUCGUCGGCCGCGCCUGCGACGCGUGCGCCAACCUGUACGCGGAGGUCGCCGCCGGCCUCGGCUGCCAAGUUGUCUAUGAUGGGUGUCCACGCUCGUUCUCUAAUGGUGUAUGGUGGCCAAGAACUAAAUUCGGAAUUGAAGCUGUUACGGAUUGCCCGACAGGAGCAAGCGGUAAAGCUACUCGUAUGUGCGAUAAAACUCAAGUGGUCCCUUGGCAGGAACCAGACAUGUUUAACUGUACCACAUCUACCUUCUACCAGUUGAGGCAACAGUUACAUAAGAUUCAAACUGGCGAGUUAACAGUGAAUACAUUCGUCGGAGUUCGUCUCGCCGAUGACCUCAAAUCUGCUUGUCUAAACACUCCACAUCUUUAUGGAGCUGAUAUCCUGGUAGCUGAAGGAAUAUUACUAGAGUUGCUGCAGUAUGAAUUAAAACAAGCUGGAUUGAAUCUCACGCAUAGUCAAGACAAGGAUUACGUUAAAAAUAUUAUCACAUCUGCGAAUACGAUACUAAACGGGCAAUAUGGGACUGAGUGGUCGCGUAUACGGAAGAUGUUGGGGCGCGGCGCGGAGGAGCUGGUGCAGCGCUGCGACCGCUACAUCGCAGCGCUUGCGCACACACAGCACGAUACAUACACUAGCCCCUUCGAAAUCGUCACUAGCGAUAUAGUAAUUGGAGUGGACAUAGUGACAGCAGAAUCCAUCUACGGUUUUGAGCCGACCCAACUGAACCGUUACAACAUCGAAACAUACACGACCGAGCGCGUCGUACUCCCCGACACGUCGGCUUUCAUACAUUCUCCCAUACAAGCCUCAUACGGCACUGGGAAGGUGAAGAAGAAACCCUCCAGUCCCACGGUCUCCUUCCCCAAAUACAACAACUAUGUGAAGAAUAAGAAUAAAUUUGAUAAGUACUCAAGAAUACUGCUUCCGUUGGAUUUGCUCGGCAUAACGAAUUAUCAAGAAAAUACUGACACAAACUAUGAAUCGCGUGCAGUAUUCGCUUACCUCCAGUACUCCAAAAAUACCUCAGAACUUAUGCCAAUGCGUAUGGAUGAGUCAGUGAGCCAACGAUGGGGAGUCAACAUUACAAUUGGCUCUCCAAUACUUCAAGUUGCCCUAUUCGUGCCCGAAUAUGUGUGGAUAAGAGAAUCGCAUGAAAGCAAGGAUGAUAACUCUAUGGAAAAUAACGCCGAUGAUAUGGAAGGAAUAACUUAUGCUAAUAAAGGUCAUAAAUCAAAUACCAAUAACCACAUUAGUCUAAAUCUACCGUCCAAAAACACAUGGUCUCACGACGAUGAGACGUCAAAUCACGAGAACCACGGACCUAUACUUAUACAGCCAGCGUUCAAGAAACAAGAAAAAAUCGCUUACACCGAUGACAACCUUCAAGAAAACGAAUCUAGUUAUGUCGCUGAUAAAAAUGUAGUAGAAGGGCCUAAAGUGAUGGCUUUGUCUAUGGAUUCUGAGGAUAGAAAUAAGGAUAGCACGAAUUCAACUCGAGAUGUUGGAAAGAAAAAGUUGAUAUACAAAAGUAUGGGUGGUAUAAGAUUGAAGAAACCGAUAAGAUUACAGAUGUGGCUCGAUAUCGAUAAAGAGACAUUUGGUUCUAGAACUAAUCCACAAUGUGUUCACUGGUCAACUUUGAGAGGUUUCGGCGAGUGGUCCCGCGUGGGUUGCCACACUGAAAUUGACUACGACUGGUCUCCGUACUCUAACGAGCCGCUCCUCAUCAACUGCACCUGCAACCAUCUCUCCACCUUCGCUGUACUCGUUGACGAAGUUGACAUAGAGUUUAUCCCAGAGCCAUCUUUACUGGAGUCAGUGACAUCGUACACUGCGUUCAGUAUAUCGCUUCCGCUAUUGUUUAUGACUUGGGCGGCGUUAUGUCUCGUGCGAGGCGGCGCGGCCACCGUCUCCAACUCUAUACACAAGCAUCUAAUCUUCUCCGUGUUUAUGGCGGAGUUGUUGUAUCUCAUUGCUAUGAAGGCGAGAAAUACCUUAGUACAGAAUGAGUUCUCGUGCAAGCUGACGGCGAUGGGGCUGCAGUACUGGUGGGCGGCGGCGCAGGCGUGGGCGGCGUGCGACGCGUGGCAGGUGCGGCGGCUGGUGCGCGAGGUGCGCGACGUCAACCACGGCUCGCUGGCCGCGCCGCUCGCCGCCGGCUACGCCGCGCCCGCAGUGCUGCUCGCGCUCGCCGCCGCGCACCACCAGCACCAGUACGGGAACGCGCUCUUCUGCUGGGUGAGCUGCCACGAGCCGGUGGUGUGGUGGGUGGUGGCGCCGGCGGCGGUGUGCGCGGCCGCAGCGGUCGUGUGGCUCGCCGCCGCCACGCGCGCCGCCUUCACCGUGCGCGACCACGUCGUCGGCUUCGGGAACCUCAGGCUGGUGGUGGGCGUAAGCGUGGCGUGCCUGCCGCUGCUGACGGCGGCGUGGGCGAGCGCGCUAGUGCUGGCCAGCGAGACGGGCGCGCGUCGCGCAACACCGGCGGCGCUGCUGGCGGCCGCGGUGGCCGCGCACGCCGCGCUCGCCGCGCUCGGCCUCGUGCUCGCCAACGUGCGCGUGCGCGACAACCUGCGCAGAACCAUCCUUAGAUGCAUGGGCAAGAAAGUACCUUUGGUCGACACAUCUAUUAUUGUUAGCAGCAGCGCUCAAAAUUUGUCGCAAAUAAAUAGAUCAGCACUGGCCUACCACAGCAGUACAGAGCCAGGUCGACAAAUGCGCAAUAUUGGCAUAUCAGCAUCAUCAACAACAUCUAGGUCUACUACGAAAACAAGUUCCAGUCCUUACAGUCGCAGUGAUGGGCAGCUACGUCACACGAGCACAUCAACGUCAAACUACAACACGAGCGCGAGCGACAUGCCCGCUUAUCUUAGAGGGUUUGAUUCAUCAUUACACAGUAGAAAGGAUGAUGAGAGCCGCCGCCGCCGUAAGGCAGCCGCUGAGGCGGCGGAGGCCGGCGAGACCGGAGAAACAGCAGAGGAAGCGACCGAGGCCACCGACAGCGACAGCGAGAGCGCGCGCAGUCUCGAGCUGGCCUCCAGCCACUCGUCCGACGACGACGAGACCAGCACGCGCCGCUCCAGCCAUCCGCCAUCUGCCACCAGGGAUCGUGGUAAUAGCAGCGCAGGUGGCAGCUACUUACCAAAUAUAACCGAAGGUGCACCGUUAGCCAUUCCUCCAAGAUGGCCGUCGCACAUGAGAGAAGAACCGGGCCGCCAAGAUAUGGGACGAUGGUCCCAAGAGACUGGAUCAGACAACGAGGGACUAAAUCCCGGACUGGCUUCACCGUCCCCCAACCCACUGCCGAACCCUGAUUUAACGUCAGACGUGUACCAGUUGAGUCGACACCGAUUAAAGCCAUCCAUACUGGAAAACGUACACGACACAUAUGUGGCUAGUGUCGAUGCUUCCAGACUACCGUUGGAUAACAGAUAUGGUGUAAUGGAUGAGGAACUUAUGUAUGGUGUACUAUCAACGGAAACGGAGAAACAAAUGCCAUACGAUCCCAAUUACCCUAUCUCACCAACCAUGUACCGGUUACCCGGUAACCCCUACGGCUCCAAAACUUACUUGUCAUCUAGAACGUCCGACUAUGGGUACAGUCCGACCAAGUAUAUGAACCCAGAAACAAAUAUGUACGGAUCACGUGAUUUCCGGGAAACGGGGGUUACCACGAGAGAGCACGAUGGUUAUCCACCGCGGGAUUUUAGAGAUUCCGGCAUCGCUACCAUGUUGAAAAAUGACUAUCAGAGGAAAAUGGAGAGUCACUACGGAGCGGAAUAUAACGAGAGGAUGUCAGAAGGAUCUGAUUCCCAUCGUCCUCAUGAUAAAUACCUAUUUCCCUACACGGCGGAGGAAGAUCACGCGAGCACCCGCGGGGCAGCAGCCGUCCCCAACCGUACACAAGCAGGCGAUCCACCGCAACAGAUGGGGGCGCCACUAGCAAGUAUGGGAGAAACCAGCGAGAAAUCUACUACUGAAGAUGACGCCGAGACAAGAGUUUAAGACAUUAUAG